AUGAAGUCCCUCUGUUCGUGCGGCUUGAUAUUGCUUCAGGCCUCCGCUGUGCUUGGAUGUGCUAAAGACAUCUCAAACCAGGCAAUCUUCGACCCUCAUGUUGCUCUAGCAAAGCGCCAAGAGACGCCGUUCCCUCCAGUGCUGGACUCAAAUGAGGCCAUUUUAGUCAAUUCAAUUGACAAUGCCAGUUUGGAGGACUGGAAUUACUACUACGCUCACAGCUAUCAUUUGGCUGGUACCAACCAGUCCCUGGCUCAAUGGACGGCCGAUCGAUGGACUGAGUUUGGGUGGACGGCGGGAUUGACAACUUACUACGUGUACCUGAAUUACCCAGUGUCCCAUUCAUUGUCCUUGUCGUUCUCGAACGGGUCAACUUGGGAAGCAACGCUCAAAGAAGCAGCACUACCAGAAGACGACGUGACGAAUUGGCCAGAUAGCAUUCCGACCUUCCAUGGCUACUCUGCCACUGGAGAUGCGGAGGCCGAGUACGUCUACGUUGGCCGUGGACAAAAGGUUGACUUCGAACGACUUGAGGCGCUAGGCGUAUCUGUCGAGGGCAAGAUUGCUCUAGCACGAUAUGGUGGGCCUUUCCGAGGCUUGAAAGUCAAGAAUGCUCAAGAACGUGGCGCAAUUGGCGUCGUCAUCUUCACGGACACAGCAGAUGACGGUAACGUCACUGAAGCAAAUGGCUACGCUGCGUAUCCCCACGGCCCAGCACGGAAUCCAACCUCAGUACAGCGUGGUAGCGUUCAGUUCCUGUCAACAUACCCAGGAGAUCCCACUACGCCUGGAUAUGCUUCACAUGAAGGCGUUCCACGAGCUGAUAUCUCUCCCGUCACCCCUCAGAUCCCCUCCAUUCCAAUUUCUUAUAGUGAAGCGCAACCAUUGCUUUGGGCUCUUGAUGGAUACGGCACUAAUGGUUCAGUCGUUAACCGGACAAAUUGGGUUGGUGCGCUCAAUGCUACCUAUUCAACAGGGCCUGCACCAGGAACCACAAUCUCAUUGUCGAAUGUCAUGGAAGGCAAGAUCACUCCUAUCUGGGAUGCAAUCGGUGUCAUUAAUGGAACGAGUCAAGAUGAGGUGAUUGUUGUUGGAAAUCAUAGAGAUGCCUGGAUCAUUGGUGGGGCCGCCGACCCCAACUCAGGCUCUGCUGUCUUAGUAGAGCUUGCAAAGGCAUUUGGUAACCUUCAGAAGACCGGGUGGAAGCCGAAGCGGACUAUUAUUCUAGCUUCGUGGGAUGCAGAAGAAUACGGGUUACUAGGCUCCACCGAGUGGGUUGAGGACUACCUUCCCUGGCUGAAGGGUGCUGCUAUUGCAAACCUCAACGUCGAUAUUGCUACUUCCGGUCCAAACCCCGACUUCUCAGCCACACCAGAUCUUCAUAAAAUUGCCAUGGAGCAAAUGAGGAAGAUCAUCUAUCCAUACCGAGGCUACAACAACCUCACUCUAUAUGAUGUCUGGUUUGGUCUGACCAAAGGAGAAUGGGGUGUACUUGGCUCCGGGAGUGAUUACACUACAUUCCUGCACAACGGAAUCAGUGCCAUCGAUAUCGGCUCCGGGGGUAGUGGUAACGACCCAGUUUACCAUUAUCACUCAAAUUAUGAUACAUGGCACUGGAUGACAACAUAUGGUGAUCCGGAAUACCUCCAGCACAAAGUCAUCGGUCAGUUCGUAGCCCUUCUGCUUUACCAUUUGGCAAACGACGACAUCAUUCCCUUGGACGUCGAGAACUACGGCGUGCAGAUGACUGACUACUAUGAAACGCUCCUUACAACCCUCGAUGCAAACAACGCCACCAACGUGGAUACCGGUCGAUUAGAAGAGGCCAUCGCCACUUUCAAUGAAUCCGCCACUGCAAUCACUGAGGCCAUCUCUGCGGCAUCAACUGAGGAGGAGGUAGCUGCUCUCAACACCAAACUCAAGCUCUUCAGCCGUGGAUUCGUCUCGUCUGGCGGUCUGCCAAACAGAAAAUUCUACAAGCAUGUUGUCUUCGCCCCUGGCUUGGAUACCGGUUAUGCUCCCGUCCUGUACCCGGGAAUUACGGAGGCCAUCGUUGAAUAUCAAAACGAAACGCAGGCGCAAGAAUGGGUCGAGAAGUCUGCAGCAGCCAUCGAGGUUGCGGCUGGUAUUCUCGCACCAUGA